AUGGUUGGCUGGCGACCGUGGUGGCCCAAGCCGCGUCCGAAGCCUCACGACACGGCGGGGAAUCUUAAUCCGGUGCUGCUUAUACCGGGGAUUGGAGGCUCUAUUCUUAACGCGGUUAGCGAAGACGGGAAGAAGAAGGAGCGGAUAUGGGUCCGACUUUACAACGCGGAUCAGGAUCGUCUUACCCGCUCACCCGCGCACCCGCUCUUCCCAAUCCCCCGCUCCCCGCCCUCCCGCGCGCGGCGUGUGGUUGUCGCAGGCAAGUCGGAGUCGCUGGACGACAAGUCGCACAUCGAGGUGCCGGACGACAAUCACGGGCUCUACAGCUGCGACAUCCUCGACCCCGAUGUCUCGGUACCGUUGGACGUGGUGUGCUACUACCACCACACCAUCGUCGAGAUGCGCAAGUGGGGCUUUAAGGACGGCGAAACGCUCUUCGGCUUCGGCUACGACUUCCGCCAAAGCAACCGGCUGCCGGAGACGUUGGACCGGCUGCGCGCGCGGCUGGAGGCGAUAGUGGUGGCGAGCGGGCGGCGCGUGGACGUGGUGACGCACAGCAUGGGCGGGCUGCUCUUCAAGUCGCUCGUCGCGCUGCACCCCGCCGACGCCAAGCGCCUCGUGCGCAAGUGGGUCUCCAUCGCCGCGCCCUUCCGAGGGGCGCCGGGGUUCAUAAUGGACACGCUGCUGACGGGGGUGGAGUUCCUCAAGGGCUGGCAGAAGUCGCUCUUCAUCUCCAAGUGGACCAUGCACCAACUCAUGGUGGAGUGCCCAUCGGUGUACGAGCUCAUGGCGGACUAUGACUUCCACUGGGGCGGCCAGAAGCCCGAGCUCCGCGUCGUGCGCCGCCAGCCCGACAGCAAGGCGGAACCGGACGGGGUGAAGGGACGGCGGGGGGACGGCGGGGGCGUGUGUAGCGAAGCGGACGCGGAGACGGAUAGUGAGAGCGAGAGUGGGAGCGAGAGAGACAGCAGCAUUGGCAGCAGCAGUGGGAGUGGCGGCGACAGCGAGGCGUGCAGUGGGGCAGAGUCUGUGGCGGGUGAUGGCAGCCCGCGGAGGGCGGUGGGGGAGGCGGUGAUGGAGACGGUGGUGGGCGAGGGGGUGAUGGAGACGGUGGUGGGCGAGGGGGUGAUGGAGACGGUGGUGGGCGAGGGGGUGAUGGAGACGGUGGUGGGCGAGGGCGUGGUGGAGCAGCGCUUCACGCGCCUGCCGGACAUCCUUGCCGCCAUGGACAGAGCACUGGAAGGCAAUAAGAUCGAGGUGAACGGGCGCACAGUGCCUUUACCGUUCAACCGGGACAUCGUGAGGUGGGCGGACGAGACGAGGCGCAUCUGGGCGGGGGCGCGCCUGCCGCCCUCCAUCGACUUCUACACCGUCUAUGGCACCGGCCUCGACACCCCCUUCCACUCCCAGUACGGGUCGCCCAAGGACCCGCUCAACGACCUGCCCGACAUCCUCCACUCCGACGCCACCUUUGACUGUGUGCACGGCGACGGCACCGUUCCCAUUGAAUCCGCCCUCGUAAGCCACACUGCCUUCUGCUCCCACUCCCUCCCUCCCUAUCUCGCCUUGUCGUGUGUCUGCUGCACUCUCUCCAUGCUUUCCUCCAUGCCUCCCCGUCUUUCCAUGCUUUCCUCCAUGCGUCUCAAGUUUUCGAACUGCCCCCCGCCACGUCACCCCUCCGUUCCACCCACUUCAACCCAACCCUCCCGGCACACACGGCAGGCGGAUGGCUUCCCGGCGCGCUUCCGAGUGGGCGUGCCGGGAGCGGAGCACCGCGAGCUGCUGCGGCUGCCGCGGGUGUUCAGCCUGCUGCACUUCUUCCUGGAGGUCCGCGGCAAGGACCCCCUCUACGACCCCCUCUCUGACUUCGUCAUCGUUCCCCGCCCCCUGGGGGAAGCUGGCGAGGCGCAGGAGGAGGGGGAGGGGGAAGGGGAGGAAGAGGUGGGAGACGAGUGCGGGGUGGGAUUGGUGUAUGGAGAGAAGGGAGGGGUUGUGGAGGGGAGGGAAGGGGGGGGUGAGAAGGGGGGGCGGGAAGUGGCGGUGAGAUUGGAGGUGGGAGGGCAGGCGGUGCAGGCGGUGGUGUGUGAGUCGGAGGCAGGGAAGGGCACGGUAAAAUACCUCAAAUCACUACUCGCUUCGCUCAUCACUGGACCUCACGGCCUCGCCUUUCGUACACCGUCGCCGCGGUCCGGCAUGGAGGUGAAGCGGUCGCAGCAGUGGAAGUACGUGCUGCUGGCGGUGGUGCCGGGCGUGCUGGCGCUGCUGCGGCUGAUCAGUCCCGUGCAGGCCAGCUGCCUCGUCAUGCUCGCAUACAUCCUCUCGCGCCGCCACUCCAACGAGAUCCAGCGCCAGUGGGACCGCGCGCAGGCCGCCAAGGAGGCGCAGCGGAAGGCGGAAGAGGAGGCCUUGGCGGCACUUCCGGCGCGGAAGCGGAAGGCGAUUCAGCGCGCGCGGGCGAAAGAAGCGGAGAGCGCGGAACAGGCAGGGCAAGACGCAGCGGAGGACAGCGACGAGGGUAGCGACCAAUAG